AUGAUGACUCAAUUAGAGUUACUUGCUCGCGCUACUCUACCUCCUACACCUUUUCGUGCAUUGGAAUCAUAUGUAAAAGCUGAUUCCACUCUUUCCCAUCGUCAUCUUCAUGGCAAUACAUUAUUAUGUCGUCCACCAGUCGUCACUUGUGCUGCGUAUGAUACAAUUGAAUGCAAAGCGCUUAUUCUUGGGUGUGGAAUUGCUGGCAGUGCAACAGCAUUACGUUUAGCUAAUCAAGGUAUUCAAGUGACCAUGGUUGCAGCUGCAGAAGAUCCGAAUAAUUGUGCCACUUAUUAUGCUCAAGGUGGUAUUAUAUACAAGAGUGAGGAUGAUACACCGGCUUUAUUAUCAUUGGAUGUUCAUCGAGCGGGUGCAGGCAUUUGUGAUGAUGUUGCAGUUCAAAAGUUGGCAUGUGAAGGACCAAAGCGUGUGGAAGAGAUGCUAUUGGAAGUGGCCCAAGUCCCCUUUACUCGUAAAGAUGAUGGAGAACUUGCAUUGACAUUGGAAGCAUCACAUAAUCGUGCACGUAUUUUGUAUAAAGCUGACCAUACGGGUCGUGCGAUUUCUACGAGCAUGGUACAAGCAGUGCGUGAGCAUCCAAAUGUGGUGCUACUGACUGGUCGUACUGCUUUUGAGCUCGUCGUUAAUAGCGCUGGUGAUUGUGUUGGUGCACUUACAGUCUCGACAAAGAAUAAAGUGGAGUUUUAUCGCUCUCAUUUUACACUACUUGCUACUGGCGGUAUUGGUGAUGUGUACAAGAAUACGUCAAAUCCGGAAGGUGCUCGUGGUGAGGGCAUUGCUCUUGCUGCACGUGCUGGUGCAAAGCUCAAGAAUAUGCAGUAUGUGCAGUUCCACCCUACUACGCUGUAUAUUCCAGGCGAGCGUCGUUUUUUGCUGACCGAAGCACUGCGUGGCGAAGGUGCUAUAUUGCGAAACAGGAGCGGUUGUGCCUUUGCCAAGGACUAUCAUCCUGAUGGUGAAUUAGCUCCACGUGAUGUGGUUGCCCGACUUAUCUUAGCGGAGAUGGAGAAGCAUAAAGAGGUGUGCAUGUACUUGGACAUUUCGCACAAAGACGCGAACUGGAUUAAGAACCGCUUCCCGACCAUUUAUCAACACUGUCUUGACCAUGGUAUUGAUAUGACGAAGGAACCAAUGCCAGUCGUUCCGGCUGCUCAUUACCAUUGCGGUGGUGUUGAGGUUGAUUUGCAGGGUCGUACAUCGGUUUCUGGUUUAUAUGCUGCUGGCGAGGUGAGCUGCACUGGUCUUCAUGGUGCGAACCGUUUGGCUUCGACUUCUUUGUUGGAAGGUUUAGUUUGGGGCUGCAGUUCUGCUGACGAUUAUAUGAAGCGUCGUAAAUUUUUGAAGUCUGAGAGUUUUAAGAAAGAGGAUAAUCCGUUUGCCAAUCUGAACGGCUUUCGAGAUCCGUACCCGAACGAGGUGGAGGAGGUGAUGCUGGCAACUCAGCGCAUCAUGUGGGAGUCAGUGGGCCCCAUUCGCACAAAAGCUGGCAUGAGUAGCGCAGUGGAUAAGCUAGCACUCCUUGAGGUCAAGGCAGACAAGCUGCAUCAAGAGUGUCGUGUUACCCGCGAGACCGCGGGGUUGCGCAAUGCUGUUCGCACCGCCAAGGAGAUAGCUUUAGCGGCGCUUAACAGCCACGUGUCGGUGGGAACUCACUAUAUCGUGCAGGCGUAA